AUGGCUAUGCUUUGUGAUCCCACUGUGGUUGAAAACCAGAUGGACUUUGACCUGUUCUCUGCCAACGGUCAUCUCUUUCCUUGUGAGUUGAUGAGGUGGCUCAUCAGUGAGAUCCAUGUUGUUUGGAAGUUGAAUGACAGCACAUCGACGCAGCAAGACGGCUGGAAACCUUGGGAGCACAUCUUCUCAUUGUGUAAGGUGGUGAAAGGUCACGUUCCACUUUACAACACAUAUGGGAAGUACGUGGUUAGACUUUACUGGAUGGGUUCUUGGAGGAAGGUAACCAUAGAUGACUCCAUGCCAUUUGAUGACCAGAACAACCUGCUUCUCCCAGCCUCCACCUGUCAGUGGGAGCUCUGGCCAAUGUUACUGGCUAAAGCUCUAAUCAGAGUGGCCAACAUAAAGUGAGUCACCAAAGUUGUCAAGGAGAUGGGUGAGUUCAGCUUCAUCCACAAUCUCACCAGCUGGAUACCAGAAAUGACUUCUAUAGAGCCAGAACACUCAGGAAAAAUCUGGGAUUUCCUUCAAGACAACAUUCCUCAAUUUAAACACCAGGAUGAGAGUUUGACGGUGACGACUCAUGACACGUUAGAUCCAGCUGCAGGGAUAGAUUCUUCUCUAAAUGAGAAUAAGAGUCUGCUGAUGAAACCAGGUCCAGACAGCAUCACCAGUAAACACAAACAUACACACCAUGUUUAUGUGCAGAAUUUCACUCCUUCAGCUCCUCUGAUUUUCUUCUUUUUUCUGUUAUUUUCAGGUUCUGAUGAAGUAGUGAUAUGUGCUAGCUUCUACCCAAGACGCCUGGACGACGGUGGCUAUGAUUAUGGCCAAAUGGCAUAUUCCUCAGAAAUGUUACGCCGCUACGGCUUGUGCCUGCUGUACAACCAUGUUGUCCUUUUGACUCAAACCCGUGCGUGCCCGCUGGAACCACCACCAAAACCUCCUGUUGUUCCCAGAUGGAAACUCGUUCGUCCACAACGCAAGAAGGUGCAGGUCUUCUCUGAAACACAGGUGUUGCAUGUGCCAAAACCAGAGACGUUCAUUGAGGUUGCCAGCCCUUUUCUUUUCUAUGGUGUCCAAAGCAGCAGUGAUUCUGUCCCAGAGCUGCAUGUAACAUUAGAUGCCAAGAGAAGAACUCCAAAGAAGACGUCCUUCAGAACUAAUUUGGCGUCCAUUACUGAGGCAGACGAAAAAAAGUAUGAGGUGAGCCUUCAGCCCGAAACCAGAAGACAGGAGCCCAACUGCACAACAAGCAUCCAAGCUGAGGGUUACAGAAGGGUCACAGGGACAAGAGGACAGAACUGGGCAAAGGGUCAGGAGGCAGGCUGGCUCCACCUCUGGCGGGAAAAGAAGGACUGGAAUAGAUUCCUCUUUGAAGGGGCCAGUGGGAGCCCUGACCAUAUUGAGGAGAGUGACAGCAAGGCUGCCAUCGCCCAGUCUCAAAGUCACUUCUGUUAUUUCCUAGUCAGGCCACAGCUGACCAGAGGCACAUUUGGACUAAAGAGAGAACCGACUCAGAAAGGGACAUACUGCAGGGGUUAUGUCCAGAGCAACAUCUCUCCAGUGAUAAAGACAGAAGUAGAGAUUGGAGCAAAGCAGGGAAAGUUCGGAAGGCAGUCAGGCUGGAGCAGUGGAGACGUGCCGAGCUUAGAGUCAGACGUUAUCUGUUUGUGUCAUAUGUGUGAUCCUGCUUCUCACAAACACAUGGAAAGCUCUUCUACAGAGGCAGAGAUGAGGUCAAGUGUGCCUCCCAAUCACAAUGCCUCUUUCCGUCUGUCUGAGUCUCUGGGUGCUUAUUUGAAUAGGCACCGACUGGAGAGGAGCAUCCCCCAUCAUGUUAAACCGGGUGCCGCCGCUUGGCAAAAGCUGCGCAACAUCCCACCUGGCAAGAAAAUACAAGAGGGAGGAAGCAAAUCUCUCGCAUUGGAUACAACAAAGGACGAGAUAAAGGACAACGUUCACAUCUCCACUGCUACCGAGCCCUCAGGUGUCAUCAGAAACCUUCAGAGGACCAACUGGGUGGACCUUGAUGACUUUGUGAAAGCUUUUCAGACUCUGGUGGUGUUUCAUAAACUACACACCUACACUCAACAGGUCCACAAAUCCAGUUUUAAGAGCUCUGUCAUGUCCAAAACCACAGAAGCAACAGGCCGCACUGAACCACUGACUGGAGAAAACCCUGAGAGUGCGAUGGUGAAAUGCUCCAGCUACCUGUGUGUGGACAGCCUGCAGCCUUCCCAGAUCCUCAUCAGUUUUUCUGCUCUUCUUAAAUUGGGGGAAGCAGACGCUUACCUGCUAGAAAACUGCAGAUUUUAUUCAAACGAGUGUUUAGCAGCUCCUGCAGAACCCAAUGAAGGCCGAGGAGUUUUCACUUCUUACACAAAAGAGAAAAUGCCUGGAGUUUGUAGACCAACUGAACUAUUGGUGCAGCCAUUCUCCUGGACAAGUGUGUGCUCCCAGCUGCCGGUUGUCACCAUCGAAACCACCAGUGUGAAGGCAGCUAUUCUCAACAUCCCUGUGGGACGACAUUUGUUCUGCUUCAAUGUGUUUGCCCCGUUUGGCUACAAUAUCCAUCUAUGCAGCAAGACGUCAUUCCUCUUAGCAGAUGAAGACACCAUCAUCCUACUCUUCACUAAGACAAGUGAUUGCUUCACUCAGCAGGCCUUAAGCAUAUUUAUGGCUCUGUCCAGAGUGGUGGCUGCCUUUAGUAAUGAGCUGGAGCUACCAGCUCUCAGAAAGGCCCUGGAAGAAACGUACUGUUCCCCCAGCGUAGGAGCAGAGGAACACAACAAGUGUGUGUGUGUGUGUGUGUGUGUGUGUGUGUGUGUGUGUGUGUGUGUGUGUGUGUAUGUGUGUGUGUGUGUGUGUGUGUGUGUGUGUGUUGGGGACAAGCUCUUUAACUCAGCAGUUUACCACAUGAUCAGUGAGGCUUUGGGCAGAAAUCUGACGACAGAGGAGCACUUUGCUGCUCUGGCCCUUACUGCUGACCUUUCAUCCCUGACAUCACAUGCUGAAGAGGUUCCACUUAGUCGUAACUCCUGUCUGUAUGUUUUCUAUUUCAUUGUGUUAUCUCAAUCUAUCCAUCCAUCAUCCAUCCAUCCAUUUUUGGCCACUUAUCCAGGGUUGGAUCUGGGGGGCAUGAGCCUAAGCAGAGAGGCCCAGUAUUCCCUCAGAAAACUCAUUUUUGCCGCUUGUAUCUGCCAUCUCAUUCUUUCUGUCACUACCCAGAACUCGCAAUUUCAUAUGUUUUUUCACGGUUUUAAACCUACACCCACCACUGUCCUUUGUUCUGUCUUUGUGUUGUUGGAAGAAAAUGAAGAUUCAAACCGGUCAGGAACCAGGAGAGACAGCCAGCCCGUGAGCAGUGAAGACCAGGCUGCUGCCGGUCUACAGGCUGAGGCAAAAAGGCAGAUCCUUAACGUCAAACAACCUGGAACACUGGAGAAUCUACGAGCAUCCAAGAUCCUUUCAGACAUUUGGCUAAACAUCCAAUCAGAUGCAGAAAAGCAUGCCGUCUCCUUGCUACGAUCCUCUUAUCUUGUGUGCUUUCUUCAUAGCUGCUUCGUUAACAUGGCUGCGAAUAAAGUAGAACUCCGCCCUGGUCUGAAGGAAGCAUCCACCAGGAUCGCCUUUGCCGAUUAUGCUCUUUCUCCCCAACAAACAGCCAGCUCUUGGCUUUUGGUCUUCAGACAGGUGUUCCUUUUUCCUAAAGAGAUGUUGCUGACUACCAGGUUGUUCUGCCCAUUCCGCCGUUGCCUGCUGCAUGUCGUAAACAACGACACAGGAGAGGAGCUGGAGAAGCACAGAGGGUCAUCCUUUGUCUUUGAACCCAACCAGGGUGGUUAUACCUUUGUGGCAGAGGCUGUUGUCAAUCGUGAAAUAGAUUGGGAUAGUGCCGAGUGGAGAAUACAAAUGAUUGGCUCGCACGAAUCGCUUCCAAAACUGUCCCGUGAAACUCCGGUUGAUGCAUUCUUUGUGAAGGAAGUUCGGGGGUAUUACAUUCCCGAUGCUAAUGAUGUCACAUGCCGAUGCAUUGUUCGAGUAGCUGCAGAUACCGUGGGAACAGUUCAGUGUGAAACCUCCAAUCGAAGUGUGACGGUACGUCUCUCAGUUCUGGAUGAGGAUAAAGAGGUGGUUGGAAAGACUGGGAAGGCCUCAGUGCUACUUCCUGUGGUUAACCUUUUCGCUAAUAAAGGUUUGCACAUUGACAGCACCAAGUCUUCUAGGCGUGGAAUGAAGAAGUUGGUGAUGUAUUGCUACAUCCAUCUUUUUCCAUUGUUCAAGAAUAACCUCUUUAAGAGCCUGGAUGCUGGAUGGAGAGUUAUGCUCAACCUGCCGCUUCAUAUUUCCCCACAGGAGCCCAAGGCAUUCCUGGGCCAGAUUGGAGAUGUACUUUCUCCGUGUCCUGGGUUGAACAGGGGGCGUCCUGCUGGCAGGAAAUGCCUGAAACACCACCAUGGGGAGUGUGCUUCUCAGGUUCAUGAGUACAAGGUGCAGAUAGAAGUACUCAGUAAGAGCUGGGAUCUGGACGAGUCACAGUUGGCUUUUGCUCAACAGAGGAAGAAGAAAAGGAUGAACUCACAAGAACUAGAACUAGAACUGGAACUGACUCACGAACUGCUUUUACUGUAUGAACCCACGCAGUCUCUGCGCUCCUCUGGCAGCCGUAAAGUUAGGACGCAUAUUCACGGCAAGGCGUCUUUCCAGUACUACGACCGGUACAACGCUCGCACCACAGCAGACACAGCACCAAUCUGCCCCGGGUGGAUCUCAUCCAUCCCCGGGGCCUUUCCACCAAGGAGUUUUUUGACCACAUCAGUGACCUCGGCCCCAGAAAUUGGAGAGUCCGACCUGAAUUCCCCAGACUUCGCUUCCUCACUGGAAGACCUUCCCUCACCACCGAUGUCCAUCAGCGAGUUCAUGGUGUCACCACGACAGGCACCAAGAACCCUGUGGCUGCAGCUCCGAUCAGCUGCCUCGACAAUGGAAGUACAGAACAUGGCCCACUCGGACUCAAUGUCCCCUGCUUCCCUCAGGACGUGUUUGAAAUUCAAUCGAAGAGGACAUGGCUCACAAUCUAAAAGAUUUGAAGCUUUCGACUACAACGAACACAACAAGUGUGUCAAAGGAAAACUCGACACACCAGAAAGCAACACAAAGAUCAAAGGAGACAACAAGAAGACAGCUGUUGCAUCCACAUCCGCCUCCAAGCAGGAAAUGGCCAUAGACAAGACUAAACCCCACCGGAUACUGCGCGUUGUCACUGAUCGAAAUCCAGAGAGCGUUGAAGUGAAGAUGAGCAGAGCGGAUGAGAGUGAUGCCAUUAAAAUGUCCUGGGAACUGGCCGACCCGGGACGGAGGGAAAGGGUAACACUGAUAACCUGAAGAUCAAAUAAUCAAUGUUUUUCCAGUUUAACUAGAAACUAAAGCAAACUUUAAAAACUUCAUCUGUAAACAAUCAGUACUGACACGUUUAAUUGUUCAUUUUAGGCUUUUGAGUCCCGUCGAAGACGUCUUGAACGAUUCCAGAAUUGUAUCCGUACAUGUGUGAACUAUCCGAGUGGCAUCUAUAAAGAUUGGAGUCAACUAUUCAGAAACCAGGAGGAUGUUGAGGAGUGUCCUGAAGAUCCCUUGGAGGUUUUUGAGAAAGUCUUUGAAAAGUCUAAGUUAAGAGCACAGGAGGAUCUUAGGCGUCUAAACGAGGACCUUAAAAAAGCAUGGAGGAGAGUAAUAGGAGGAUUGAUGCUCUGCAAGCUGUUUGUGACCGUCUGUGGGCAUCUGAACAUCCUGAAGAAAGUGAGCCAGAGGAGGAUUGAUUCUUCGCAAAUGUUGACUGUGAUUUUCUUGUAGUCACCUGUUAGCCUUAAUAUUUUUUGAUUUCUGAAUAAAGAUUGAAUAAUUGUUGACGUUCUAUUUGAAGGAGGUACAGUUCAGUGCAUGAUAGCCCUCAGACACCCUGUUAUCAGUUAAAUAAAUCUCCAUAACAUGUAAUGUUUCUAAAUUGUUCAAUAAAGUUAGUUUAAAAACUAGCAUAUUUGGGAGUUCAUUUUUCAAGUAUUUUUAUUCAUUAUUAUUAUUAUUAUUUUGUUCGUUUGUUUAAUUCAAAAUAAAAACAAAUAAAACAUAACAAAAAAUCAAAUUUGAACGAAAACGAGCAGAAUGAAGAAAAACAUCUUAUAAUUUCUGCCCCCUUUUCCAGUAGAAAUAAUCAAUUUAUAUAUAAUUUCCAUUUGUCAGACACACACACACAGAUUCAUUUUAAACUUUUUGCUGUUCUUAAUUCCAGUGCGGUCAUGAUCAUUGAAUACAUUUACAUUUUCUUAAUUAAGUACACUCAAUUUGGUACAUUUUUUUGAAUAUAUUAAAUGACAGUUUUUUAUUUCCCUUUUAAGGUUAUUCCAUAAUUUAACACCAUUUACAGAUAUAUUCCACUUCUUAAUUUUAGUUCUAAAUCUAGGUUUUGUAAACAUAUCAGCUUCUUUCAGCAUGUAAUUAUUAGUUCUCUUUUCAAAUAUCCCCUGAAUGUUUG